UCAAUAUUAACUACCGUAGUUAUCGAAGCUUAGGAUCAAUUGGGUUUUUGUUAUAUUAUAUGAUUCUCAAUACUGUUAUUGAUUGUGUUUUGUUUUCUAUGUAGCCAACUAUUGCCAUGGCUGGUACAGCAGGCAGAGCCAUUGUGAAUAUAGGGAAAAGAGAAAUUAAACCAUUUAUGUCAAAUAAUCGUGUCGAAGCCAGACUUCGAGUAUUGAAUUUAUACAAGACAUGGUAUCGAGCUAUUCCUGAAAUCUGCUUCAUCUACCGCCUUCCAGCUCCAGCAGAAACUCUACGAGAUAGAAUCAAAGAGGAAUUUUUCAAAAAUUCUCACGUUCGUGAUGUUCGGGCUAUCGAUUACCUUGUUGUCAAGGGAAGAAUGGAAUUACAAGAAACUAUGGAAAUGUGGAAGCAGACACAUCAUAUUCUCUAUUUCUUGAAACAUGACUCUCGUAUAGAACGACCAACUACUUUCCUGUCCAAGUUUUUUACUCAGAAAUAAUGCUCUAAAAUUAUAUAGAUAGACAAUACUUUCCUAACUUUUUUUGUUUUCUUGAAUGCUACAUUGAAUUCUACAUUGAAAUUCUACAUAAACAGUUAGCUGUUUAUAUGGUAUAUAUUUACAUUGAACAAGUAUACCUUUCUGUGAUAGUGACAUUUCUAUUUGCUCCUUAACUUGAAAGUACAGUUCAUUAAAUCCUAAAGUUCUGAGACAAUGCGUGUGAAAAUUAGAUUGAAUUAAUGGUUUCAUUUCAUUGAAUAUUUUCUGUCAGUAUCCAAUGUCUUAUUUAUAUCUUGUUGAAUUCUCUUUAGA